AUGCGACGCUUCUAUGGUGAUACCGAUCAAUUGGCACAAAACAAUCUCAAUGUACGAGACUUCAAUAACGAACAAGAUAGUAAUGGGGAUGAUGAUGACACUCUCAUCAAACGAUUGGAAUAUCUUCUAAAGAAACAUUUAGAUCUUAGUGUUACAAGGAGAUCGACAGGCACUGUCAAAUGGUUCAAUGCAGAAAAAGGCUUUGGUUAUAUUACUCCUGAUGACGGUAGUCAAGAUGUUUUUGCUCAUUUCUCAGCAAUCGCGAGCAGUGGAUACAGAAGCUUGGAAGAAGGUCAGAAGGUUGAGUUCGAAACGACCCAAGGUCCGAAGGGUCUAGAGGCAGAAAAUAUCCGACCACUAUAG